AUGUACCCGAGUUCACCCAUCCGAUCGGCCGCGGUGCCCCCGGCUCAGCUUUCUCCGCGCCCGCAGGCGAGGGCGAGGUCUUCUGCACAUCCACAGCGGCAACCGCAGCAGCCGCAGCCGCCGCAGCAACUGCCUGCAACGGAGUCGGACAUCACGGAGGUCUUCGACCCGGACUUCAAGUACAUCUACAACGUGUCGACGAAUGCGGUGGUGCACCUGCCGCCGGCGCGGCUGAACAUCACGCGUCUCGUGCUGUGCCGCAACUACCGCCCGUGCGAUCCGCGGAGCUGCGCGAUGGGCGGCAACUGCAAGUUUGUGCACGCGGACUGCGACUACGCGAAGCUGGAGGCGCACCCGAUCCACGUGAACUACAUCUGGCGCCACGAGAGCCUGUGCACGUACCCGCGCCUGCCACCGGGCGAGAAGCUCACCGUCUGGGCGCCGAACAACAAGCAGCCCGCCACCCUCAUUCCGUCUGAGCGCAUCCUCGUGACGAAGGGCUCGCAGGCGUACAUGAUUUGCCUCCAGUCUGUCCGGUCUGGUCUGGCGAGCCCGGAGGAGUUGGAGCACACCGCACCGCUCUCGCACUGCGCGCAUUACUACUUCAACCGGAUGUGCAACCGCGGUGAGCGCUGCAACUUUAUCCACGCCGUGCACGUCGACCCGAACGUGCAGGGCGACUUCAAGCGCGCACCGGGGCGGGGGCAGCACCACCCUACGCCGCCGUCAGACAAAGCGGGCGAUUCAAAUGCGAGGAGUGGCCGCGAGCGCAACACACGCAGCGGCGGCUACCACCACCACCGCGGCGGCAGCAGCGCGGCGGAGGCGUCGUCGUCGUCGUCGCGGACAAUCCCACCCGGCUCCGUCCGCAACGCGUCGUCCAGCGACAAACAAACACCGACCACCGCGACGGUCGUGUCGACGCCGCGCAUCGUCGCAGAGGACAACGAGGAGAACAGCGUGAACUCAUCCAGCCGUGCUCGGCGCUGCGGGCGCUCGUCGGAGUGGCGCCGCGACCUGUAUGCGCGUAUGAAAUUCGCUGCGUGUGGCGCGACGUCCCCCUACGCGAAUCGCAUCCACAGCUCUCAGACGCCGGAGGCGGAAGGGAGGGAGGAGGGCGACUUGAACGCGUCUCCUGCAGGCGGCGCACGGAGCUCCGCCGCAGCACGCACCGAUUAUGUUCCUCGGGUAGGCGCCGAGGCCCGUGCUGGAGCGACGUCACCGCCGCUUUCCACGUCCACCGCGUUGCCGUCCACCGACACGCCGCGGCGUCCUUCUGAUCGACCUUUACACGAGACGCAAGACGAGCCCCUGCAGCCGCGCGGUGCAGCGCAGUACGCCGGUGCCCCUGCAAACUCUUGCCUCGCUUCCGGACAGAUGGCGGAGCGAACCGUCGUGCCAGCGUUACAACCGUUCUGCUCUUUGUCGGCCUGCAGCGGCAGCCCGCAGACGCAGUCUUUCAGCUCGCCGGAGGUGUACUCGCAGGCCCGUGGAGGCUCCUUCUCGCCAAUGCAGUUCUCGUGGUUGGCACCGAGUGACAGCGGGUCCUCGCACUUCUCCCGAAGCCCUCUGCAACACGCCCAGUCGCAUCCGCCCAACCAGCAGCAGCAGCAACAACAAUACCCAGCACUGCGCAUCUCGCAGCCGCUGCCGACCUUCUCGCACUACCCGCUUCCCGUCAGCCUGCCAAGCCAUGACUUCGCUAGCCUGAAUGACAGCGACGUGCUCAACGCGAGCCACAUGGGCGACAGCGAGUCGGCGCACACGGUGAACGUCAUUCCGCGUACGCGCCGUCGUCGCGGCGCUGUGGUCAGCAUGGGCGCUCCGGCCCUUCACAACUCGACGCCGUGCCUCACCACGGUGGCGUGCUUCAGCGCACCGUCCUUCUUCCACUCCGCCCGCGCAGCUGCGGACGUCGAGGAGGACCUCGGCAGGUCGCUGCAGCAGGAUGGCGCAAUGCCUACUACCGAGCCGUAA